CAUCUCGAUAUAUCAGAGCUGGUAAGAUGUUGUUUGGGACAUGUGUAGAGCUGGAAAGAGCGUACUGCUCUGGCCAAGUAACAGACAUGGUAAGUGUUCUUUCUCGAGUGGUUGCCCGUGAUUGAGAAUCUAUGUAAUCGGCCGGCCAGAUACAUCGGGCGAUACUGGGACGAGGCAGUUAGCGCCGGAAUUGGUCCCGUACCAGCUCCGUGUCACUUCCGCUUCCGUUCCCGCUUUGAUUCACGUCUUUUUUAGCGUGUAUGACCUGACGAAUAUGCUCCUUUCAGAUGUAGUUCAAUCAUAAAUCUGUGUCAACAUACCUACAGCGUCCGGACUGCAUACCGUCCAACAAGUUGUCAGUAUUGCCAACAAAAUUCGAAUACAAAAUGCACAAAGAUAGUCGGAUCAUUAUAAUAGGCGCAGGGGUGUUUGGCUUGUCGACAGCAGUAGAGCUGGUACGCAAAGGUUACAGAAACAUUACAAUCGUAGAUCGUCAUGUACCCCCGGUACCGGAUGGCUCCAGCGUCGACAUCUCGCGAGUGAUACGUUUCGACUAUCGCGAUCCGCUUUACGCCAAGCUUGCAAAAGAAGCGUUUGAUGUCUGGCGUGAUGAUCCAAGAUUUCGAGGAAUAUUUCACCAUGGUCCAAAUGCCUUCAUCGCAAGCAAGGCGUACGGGCGUACGCACCUCAAAAAAUGCACAGAUGCCCUUGACGGUCUGAGUCACCCCUGGGAACCAAUGCAUGAUCAAGGAGCUAUCAAAUCUAAGUUCCCGAUUCUGUACGGUGAUACAGUUCACACAAAUCUUUCUGGAUACUGUAAUCGAAGUUCUGGGUGGGCGGAUGCUCAGAAGGCAAUUACCGUUCUUCGCAAUCAAUGCAUUGAGCGUGGCGUGUCUUUUGUUUGCGGCAAACAAGGCACUGUCACUGCUUUCCAGAAAGACACGACGACCCGCAGAAUUGUAGCCGCACAGACUGAAAGCGGCCAAGAUAUACAAGGGGAUUACUUUAUCCUGAGUGCUGGCGCUUGGUCGACAAGCCUAGCACCCAUGUACAACUCAACGAUAUCUACAGCACAAGUCUUAGCCUUCAUAAACCUGACAGAUGCUGAAAUGGAAGCCUACAAAGACCUGCCAUUGUACAUAGACUACGAUUCCGGCUGGUUUUGUUUUCCGCCCCACCCCGAAGCCCGGGUUCUGAAAAUCGCUGUACAUGGCUGGGGCUAUACUCGAACGACGGAGAAGAACGGUAUCUCCCUCCCUCCAACAACGACUCGAAGCAAGCGGACCAAUUUUGCGCCAGCAGACGGCGUCGAAAGGUUGCGUGCGGGGCUUGGAACUAUCCUUCCGUCUCUUGCGGAGCGAGAGUUUGAUCGUGUUGCCGUAUGCUGGUACAACGACACGCCCUCUGGUGACUUCAUCAUCGACUACCACCCUGACCACACGAAUCUGUUCCUUGCAACGGCUGGUAGUGGCCAUGCAUUCAAAUUCCUGCCAGUGCUGGGAAAGUACGUAGCGCAGGCAUUCGAGCGCACCUUGCCCUCAGGCUUGCAACAAAGAUGGCGAUUCAGGAUGGAAUACAAAGAUCGUGAAGAUACAUUUCAUGGCGACGGAAGUCGUGGAGGACCAGCACGGCGCGAGUUUACGCCGCAGGAGAAGGCACUGCUGUGACUGCAGAUAGAGGAGUGGAUCAGUUUGGGUAGACUCGCGCUCUUCUCAACUCUGAGAAGAUACACGCCAAUAUUCA